AUGAAGAAUUGGUGGGGAAAGAGUAAAUCUAAAGACGUAUGAACGAAUAUAUGUAAUAGUAUGGGUAUCGUACUUAUAAAAUGACGGAACGGCCGACUCGGAAAGUAGUUCGGUGGUUGUUGAUCGGAAGAAAUUGAUCUAACUGUUUUAAUUAGAAAUAAGAAAAUAAUUUUAAAAAAUCAGGAUGUCGGUAGCUGGACCAGAGAUCAUUCCUGGCACAGUAGCAGCAACUACUGCUACUGCUGGAAUGUCAGCGUUUUCGGUAUUUUUGGCACUUCUUGUUCCUGCCCUUGUUUUGUGGUAUGUUUAUUUCAGAGUUUCACAACGACACGUGCUUGAACUUGCGGAAAAAAUCCCCGGUCCACCAGGAUAUCCACUUAUUGGAAAUGCAUUGGAAUUUAUGGGAAGCUCAGACAGUAUCUUCCGUAAUAUAAUGGAACGUUCGAAUGAAUUCGAUCAAGUAGUACGACUUUGGAUCGGCCCGAAAUUGUUAAUUUUCUUGGUAGACCCACGAGACGUUGAAGUUAUUCUUUCCAGUCAUGUUUACAUCGACAAAUCCGCAGAGUACCGAUUCUUCCAGCCAUGGCUCGGAAACGGUCUUCUCAUUUCAACCGGUCAAAAAUGGAGAGUACACCGUAAAUUAAUUGCUCCAACUUUCCAUUUGAACGUAUUGAAGAGUUUCAUUGAUCUCUUUAACGCAAACUCACGUGCAGUUGUAGAAAAAAUGCGUAAAGAAGGUUCCAAAGAAUUUGAUUGCCACGAUUAUAUGUCUGAAACAACUGUUGAAAUUCUUCUGGAAACUGCUAUGGGUGUGUCGAAAUCUACUCAAGAUCGCAGUGGAUACGAAUACGCAAUGGCUGUAAUGAAAAUGUGUGACAUACUCCACUUGCGUCACACUCGCGUUUGGUUAAGACCUGAUUGGCUCUUCAACCUGACUAAGUACGGAAAAGACCAAAUUCAAUUGUUAGAUGUCAUCCACAGUCUUACUAAAAAAGUUAUCCAACGUAAGAAGGAAGACUUCAAAGCCGGAAAACGUAACUUUAUCAAGACAACUGAAAGCAAAGAUGCUAAAUUGACCAGUGUAGAAGGUCUGUCAUUCGGUCAAUCAGCAGGAUUAAAGGAUGAUCUUGAUGUCGAUGACAAUGACGUUGGUGAAAAGAAGAGAUUGGCAUUCUUGGACCUUUUGAUGGAAGCCGGUCAAAACGGAACCGUUCUUACUGAACAAGAAGUCAAAGAACAAGUUGACACUAUUAUGUUUGAAGGACACGAUACGACCGCUGCGGGAUCUAGUUUCUUCUUGUCAAUGAUGGGUUGCCACCCGGACAUCCAAGAAAAAGUUAUUCAAGAGCUGGACCAGAUCUUUGGUGACAGUGACAGACCUUGCACUUUCCAAGAUACUUUGGAGAUGAAAUAUCUCGAACGGUGCUUGAUGGAGACAUUGCGUUUGUACCCACCAGUACCUGUCAUUGCUCGUCAAAUCAAGACAGAUUUGAAACUUGCAUCCGGAGACUACACCGUUCCCGGUGGUUGCACAGUCGUAGUUGGUACAUUCAAGAUGCACCGUUUACCUCACUUAUACCCGGAUCCUGACACAUUCAACCCAGAUAACUUCUUGCCAGAUAAGACAGCAAAUCGUCAUUAUUAUGCAUUUAUACCAUUCUCAGCUGGACCACGUUCAUGCGUUGGUCGCAAAUAUGCUAUGCUCAAGCUUAAAAUUCUUCUGUCAACGAUAUUGAGAAACUUCCGUGUAAAGUCAGAUAUUAAGGAAAGUGAUUUCAGGCUCCAAGCUGAUAUUAUUCUUAAGAGAGCUGAAGGUUUCAGAGUGCGUCUUGAAUCAAGAACACAAGUAGGCGUUACUGCUUAAGGUACAAAUUGUAGUAUAUGUUGUAAAAACACAUAAAAUAAUUAAUAUUUUAUUGAUUUAUUACUUUUGUUGUAAUAUUAUUUUUAACUAUCAAAAAUAUUGCAAUCUUAUGUAGGAGAAUACAUUAAUCAUUAACGUUUA